AGAAACUCCAGAGCUGUGGCUGAAGACAGGAAGGGAUGGAUCAGGAACUCUUUUAGUGAGGCAGGGGAUAACCACGUCCCAGUUCAGUGGCUGCUCCUGGGAGCAGGAGCUCACCCCACACUGGAAGAAACAGGACCAGGCUGGACUUCUGCAGCAGCAGAGAAGUCUUUUCCCAAGCAGCAGCUCCACCUUCACUGUCUGAAGGCUCAGAUCUAUCGAUCUAUUGAGUGAGAGAGAGUUUCCUCUCCCUGCUGUCUCAAGCACUCAGCCAUCAGCGCUUCUUAGCAAUGCAAUGUGAAAAAUUCCACUGGUAACAAAUAAAGAAAAGGAAAAAUAAAAUAUUCAACCUCCAACACAAGGGAAAUAAUUUCUGCUGCGGUUUAUCAGCACUUGUUGCAAGACACUGAAAACAGGGUCAGCUUGAAGAGAAAAACAAACCAAAGCAACAAAAGCACAUGGAGGGACUGAACUGCCAGGCUGCUCUUUUGGGAAGAUCUGGCCAGGUCAAGGCUUUUUCAAAACAGGCGACAGACUCUGGAUGCCGGGAAAGAUUAACACAGGGCUGUGCAUGGGAUGAGACCUGAAGCACUCAUCUGUCCGAAGAGUUGACAAUGCUGGGGCUCUUCUUGUCCUUCAGGACCAGGAUCUCAUUCACAGCUCGUUCCCUGUUCUGCUCUCUGAGACUCAUUUCCUUCACAACUACCUGAAGGGACAUUGCAGACCUUUAACUGGAGGAGUCUGUGGCAGGAGGCCACAGCAAACACAGAGCGAGUCUUUUUGGGGUGACGGAGCCGGGCUGUGCCAAACUGCCUUGGGAUGGGACACCAGAGCUCAGCAAGUGCCAUUCCCACAGCCCAUUCCUCUGCUCACUGGGGGCUGCUGACAGGACACAUGGCCAGAGACACUGGGUCUUGUGAGCUCUGCAGAAAUGGUCCCUCAGCUGUCAGCCUCAAAGCUCUAACAGCAUGCUCUGCACCUGCACUCUUCUCAAAUGGCCUCAACACUCUUCUUAUUGUUCAAACACAUUUAGCAAGCAGGAGGUAAUUCUGGUUCUGUGAAAACAGAGCAAAACAGCCACCAGGAACCCUUUAGCACUUCUGUGGGAUUUGCUCAUGAUUUCAAAUGCAACUGCUGGGUUUGGGAUUGCACAACAAAGCAAGCACGCACAUCCCUUGCUCAGAUGAUCCCUGUCACAGGCUGUCAGGGACACCAGACCCAAACACAACUGCAGGGUUUAGGAGAGAGCUUUGCUCUGGACAUCCAUCUUCUCAUUGCUCUCCCUCUCUCUCUGUGAACAGCUGCAGUAGGACUAAAACCCCAAACGGAGCCCAAGCAGGAUCUCUCCCUAAUUAGGCCUUGAGGUACCUUUUGAAGAUGAAACUCAGCAUGAAAAAACUGCUAAACAGUGUUCCUGUCAGAGGCUGGGAAGAAGAUAAAUUGGGUCUCAGUCUCCACCAGCUGAUGCACUCACAAUUUUAGAUAUGAAGACCAGGCCAGCAUGUCCUGCUCUGACAGACACCGCUGCCCUCCUUGCAUUCCUUUGGGCACUUCAGAAGGACCAAGUCUGUCCCAGCUGUGCUCUGCAGGCUGACACUGCUCUGCCUUCAGAGGCGCAGCCUGUGCAGGAAAGCUCUGCUGGGCCCCCAAAGCUCAGCCACAGCUCCCAGCAGAGAGGAAAAGCCCUUGACAGCUGCCAGACGUGCUGGGCGUGUUGACAUUGACCUGUCCUGCAGUGGCCCUGUCGAGUCCUUUAUAAACAGUACUAAAAGCUGUGAACACAAAACAGCAAAGAAGAAGGAAGCAGCGCUUUAGACGGGCUGUGCACACAGCAGGGACUUGCCUUCCUUUCCCUGAACUCCAGCAUUUCUUGGAAACCUCGGCUGAGGAGCAGCUUUGGCUCUGGGCCCGGCCCGGGCAGGAGGCCAAGGAACCGCUGCUGCCCUGAACCGCAGGGAGCUCGGGGUGGUAAUUGCAUACCCAGCACGUCGCUUUCCACUGAUGACGUAGCUGCUCCCAUCAGUGAACCAGGUUUCUGCAUCAUCCAAAGGGGUGUCCUUCAGAUCUGGGCAGCUGGAGUAGGAGGCUUCGAUGGUCUCCAAGCAGUCGUGGUGUACUGGCUCCCCUUGACUCCCACUGAGGAAAGAAGCUGGGUUGAUAAUAUUAGUUACAACUAUCUCUACAUCGUCUUGUUCUACCAUGAUGGCUUGAUAUUUCAGGAACCUUUGUGGGGAAAGCCAGUGCCCGCCCUUUACUUCCAAGACUGCAGACACUGUGUGAGACACAAAUACAGUAAUUUUCUGGCCCAGAGUGAAUUUGCGUGCCUCUUGAAUAUUCAGCACCACAGCUGCAACAGCUCUGAGGCAUCCCGGCCAUCCCUUGGAGAAGUAAGCAACUGCUCUCCGGUAUGGACCCAGGUCCUGGGCCAGUAUCCCCAGGGCAAUUCCCUGCUUUUCACAGGAGAACAGGAAAAACGGUUUACUUACAUUCGGGAGUCUGAGAGCCGGGGCUGACAUUAGAGCAUUCUUCAGCUGAUGAAAGGCUUGCGUGGCCUCUUUUCUCCACUGGAGGUUUCUGUUCCCAUUUGUAAUGAGCGCAUACAGAGGUUUCACGAGCAACCCAUAGCUGUGUAUCCAGAGCCUACACCAUCCCGUCAUUCCUAAGAAUGUUCGCAGUUCCUUUACCGUUUGAGGCCUCGGGGUUUGGCUUAUCGCUUCUUUGCGAUCUUGCCCUAGGGUCCGCUGUCCUGCGCUGAUUUCAUAACCCAGGUAGAUUACCUUUUGCUUCACUACCUGGGCCUUUUUCUUUGAUACCCUGUACCCCUGUAGUCCCAGGAAAUUUAGAAGACUUACUGUCCAGGCUACACAUGCCUCUUUCGUCCGGGUAGCUAUGAGGAUAUCGUCCAUGUACUGCAGUAACUUUCCCUCUUCCGGGGGAGCCUCCCAGGAUUCCAGGUCUUUGGCAAGUUGCUCCCCAAACAGAGUGGGAGAGUUCUUGAAACCUUGAGGUAGAACUGACCACGUGGGCUGGGAUUUUGUCCUAGGGUAACUUUAUGAUGCUUGUAUCCCCAAUCAUCUGUUCUGUUUGUGCUGUAUAUUGAGUCCUGUGCCUUUAAGACUGGUUCUAAGAGCAAGGAGAAGCGCGGAGUUUGUUUUGAGAAAACUGCCUGACUCCUCCACAUUCUGCUGCGGACGGGGUGUUCAGCGGAGGCUUGGAGAGACUGCAGGACAGAGAUUUUUUUUGCUUUUAGUUAGUUUCAGCUAGCUAGGGCAGAGAAGUUCCCUGGACUGUUUUUUUUCCUUUUUCUUGGAACUGUUUAAACCUGCUCUGGACUGAAAACCCAGGGGAGCACUGGGGGCUGCACCUGCGGCCCACCGGGGCCUGGACCUCUGCAUUUUCCAGCAGCGCCGGAGGGACUGGGACUGAUGAGAGACUGAGAGAGAGCUGAGCUACACCCACGGCAAGGACUUUCUCAAUUUGCCAUCUCACUUCAGAAGGAGAGGUUUUAUUGUUUCAUAUUAUUCAUUCUUUAUACUUGUAUGCACUUCAUUUGUUUAGUAAAAUAGUUUUUUCCACUUUUCUCCAAAGAGGUUUUUUUUACCGGACCGGUUGGAGGGAGGGGCCACUUGGGUUUGCUUCCUUAGAGGGAUCCUAUACAGGGGUUUUCUCCCAAAUUUGUCCCAAACCAGGACAUACUUCUAACUGGUGCCCAACAUGGGGCUCGAGAGGGUGGAAAAAACUUGUAUUGAUUAUUAUUAACUGCAUUUUUUUGGUUGUCCUUUGGGUGGGGAUUAAACAGUCAGUGGCCAUGUUGCUUCUUGAAUUCCUAAUGUCUCUUAGAAUGGAGUCUUUUCUGCAUUUCGGUUCCCUAGGCUUUUUUGAGGUCUUAAUACCUUUCUGGUCCCUAGGUUUGUUCUCUUACCCAGAAAUAGCUCCAAUAUUAUCCCUAACAUACAGCUUUUACACUAGGGAUGCACAAAUUAGAAUAGUUAUUUUGCUGGGUUCGGUGAUUAUGGUUUACAAGAAGCUUAUAAAGAUACUGGAGUUUGUUCUGGGUAUGUUCAGUUUAUGGUUUUUUCGUCCUACCCUGCAUCCUAGUUCCAGCAGCAUGUUUUGGGGAUUUAUCAACAAUUGCACCCAGUUUGUUAGAGGAGGAGUAGGGGAUGAGGCUCUUCAGCCUCUUCUUUCCUUCUUCUCUUUUGAGUCAGUUAUAUCACUUUUGGAGAAUGUUCAGGGUCUCCUGAACAUUAAAGACCCCACCUUCCUGGUAUUUCACCUGGUGACUUUCCUCUAUAUAGUUUAUAGCUUUUCUAGAAUGAGUCACACACUGCUAAACACUGUAGGGCAGCAGAUAGAGGCAAGGGAGCAGGGAGAUAAAUCAGUCACUCAGGCUGCAGCCAACCCCACAGCUAUUCAGGCUGCAGCUAAACCAGACAGUGAGGCUAAAACACCGGCAGUUGCUGCAAUAAAGAAAGGAAAGAAGCACACGGACAAAACUGAUCGACCAGUAGACGAUGAUUCAGGUGAAGGAUCCUCAAUGCCUCCUGACACCCAGUCAAGAGUCAAACCAACUGACACACAAUCAGAAGCUGAAGCAACUGAUGAUACACAAUCAGAAGCCGAACCAACUGAUACAAAAUCGGAAGCCAAAUCAACUGGCACAAGAUCGGGAGUCCAACCAACUAGCACACGAUCAGAAGCCCGACCAACUGCUACAAGAUCAGGAGCCCGACCAACUGCUGCAAGAGCAGGAGAUACUAUUGAGUCCUUUUCCCUGAAGGACCUUCGUGGCCUAAGAAAGGAUUAUACUCGACGACCUGAUGAAUCUAUAAUUAGUUGGUUAGUCCGUCUUUGGGAUGCUGCAGGCGAGGCUACAAUGCUGGAUGGCACUGAAGCGAGACAUCUGGGAUCCCUAUCACAUGAUCCAGUUAUUGACCAAGAAAUGAUGAGGGAGGCUAGUCCUUGCAGUCUCUGGGAACGGGUCCUGGGAAGUGUGGCACAAAGAUAUCUGUGUGCUGACGAUCUCUAUAUGCAGCAAACCCAGUGGAAAACCAUUGAACAAGGGAUCCAGCGCUUGAGGGAAAUGGCAGUGGCGGAGAUUGUCUUCUCAGAUGACAUAAACACUAGGAACCCCGACUUGGUACCAUGUACACCUGUGAUGUGGCGAAAACUUGUACGACUUGGGCCACAAGAAUACUCCUCUGCUUUAGCAAUAAUGAAGCGGGAUGAGACAGAGGAGACCGUGCUUGAUAUGGCAAAGAAGCUCCGAACAUAUGCAGAUGCCGUGCAUGGUCCAACACAUCAAGAAUCGCAGCUCUGGAAACACAGGUGCGGGGAUUAGCAGACAAGAUGGAGGAGAGUCACAAAGAACUCAAGGAGGACAUUCUCCAGAUCUCUGCAGUACAAGUUAGGGGCUCUGGCACCACACGCAAACGUUCCCUAGAUAAAGAGGGAAAAGGCAUCCCACGGGCUAAGCUGUGGGUCCUCCUGCGUGAAUGUGGAGAAAACAUGAAAAGAUGGGAUGGAGAAUCUACUGAUGCUAUGACACAACGGCUGCAUGAAUUGUUGGAUGGCAAGACUGUGAGAGGAAGUUCCAGCAAGAAGGAAGCAGCUCCGGUUACCCAGGGAAAUAAAGAUAAUCAGGCUUAGAGGGGCCCUGCCUCUAGCCAGGUAGAGGCUAGGGAAAACUGUGUUUUUUGGACUGUGUGGAUUCGUUGGCCUGGCACAUCAGAACCACAAAAAUAUGAGGCCUUAGUUGACACUGGUGCACAGUGCACAUUACUCCCAUCAAGACAUGUGGGGGAAGAAUCUGUUUCCAUUGCUGGGGUGACAGGGGGUUCACAAGAUUUUACUUUGGUGGAGGCUGAUGUGAGCCUGAGUGGAAAUGAGUGGAAGAGACACCCUAUUGUGACUGGCCCAGAAGCUCCAUGAAUUUUGGGCAUAGACUUCCUCCGAAAUGGGUAUUUCAAAGACCCAAAGGGAUUUAGGUGGGCAUUCGGGAUAGCGGCUGUAGAGACAGAGGGUGUUAAGCAGUUGAAUACCUUGCCUGGACUAUCAGAGAACCCAUCUGCUGUAGGUCUUCUGAAGGUGGAAGAGCAACAAGUGCCAAUUGCCACUUCAAUAGUGCAUCGCCGACAGUACAGAAGAACUUGAGAUGCUGUGAUUCCCAUCCAUAAGAUGAUCCGUGAGCUGGAGAGCCAAGGGGUGGUCAGCAAAACCCACUCACCCUUCAACAGCCCCAUCUGGCCUGUGCGUAAAUCUGACGGAGAAUGGAGAUUGACUGUGGACUAUCGUGCCUUGAACGAAGUGACUCCACCAUUGAGCGCUGCUGUGCCAGACAUGCUGGAACUCCAGUACGAGCUGGAGUCCAAGGCAGCAAAAUGGUAUGCCACAAUUGACAUUGCUAAUGCAUUUUUCUCCAUUCCUCUGGCUGCAGAAUGCAGGCCUCAGUUUGCUUUCACCUGGAGGGGUGUGCAGUACACCUGGAACCGACUGCCCCAGGGGUGGAAACACAGCCCCACCAUCUGCCAUGGACUGAUCCAGGCUGCGCUGGAAAAGAGUGAGGCUCUGGAACACCUACAGUAUAUCGAUGACAUCAUUGUGUGGGGGAACACAGCAAUGGAAGUGUUUGAGAAAGGAGAGAAGAUCAUCCAGAUUCUCCUGAAGCCUGGCUUUGCUAUCAAGAAGAGCAAAGUUAAGGGACCUGCUCAAGAGAUCCAGUUUCUGGGAGUAAAGUGGCACGACGGAAGGCGUCAGAUUCCCACUGAAGUCAUCAACAAGAUCACAGCAAUGCGUCCACCAACCAACAAACAGGAGACACAAGCUUUCCUGGGUGCCAUAGGGUUCUGGAGGAUGCACAUUCCUGAGUACAGCCAGAUUGUGAGCCCUCUCUACCUGGUCACCCGCAAGAAGAAUGAUUUCCACUGGGGCCCUGAACAGCAACAAGCCUUUGCCCAGAUCAAGCAGGAGAUCGCUCAUGCAGUGGCCCUUGGCCCAGUCAGGACGGGACCAGAUGUGAAGAACGUGCUCUACUCAGCAGCCGGGAACAAUGGCCUGUCCUGGAGCCUUUGGCAGAAGGUGCCUGAGGAGACUCGGGGCCGCCCACUGGGAUUCCGGAGCCGAAGCUACAGAGGGUCUGAAACCAAUUACACUCCCACAGAGAAGGAAAUCUUGGCCACCUGUGAAGGAGUUCAAGCUGCCUCAGAGGUGAUUGGCACAGAAGCACAACUCCUGCUGGCACCUCGACUACCGGUGCUGGGAUGGAUGUUCAAAGCAGAAGUUCCCUCUACCCACCAUGCAACCAAUGCCACGUGGAGCAAAUGGAUUGCCCUCAUCACUCAGCGCGCCCGCAUUGGAAACCCAAAUCGCCCUGAGAUUUUGGAAAUAAUUACCAACUGGCCGGAAGGUGAAAACUUUGGUCUCAUGGAUGAAGAGGAGCAGGAACAAGUGACAUGUGCUGAAGAAGCUCCACCAUACAACCAACUGCCAGCAGAAGAAACACGCUAUGCUCUUUUCACUGACGGUUCCUGCCACAAUGUUGGGAUGAAACGAAAGUGGAAAGCAGCCAUAUGGAGCCCCACAGGACAGGCUGCACAAGCCACUGAAGGAGAAGGUGGGUCAAGCCAACUUGCUGAGCUCAAAGCUGUUCAACUGGCCCUGGACAUUGCUGAAAGAGAGAAGUGGCCAAAGCUCUACCUCUACAUUGAUUCGUGGAUGGUGGCCAAUGCUCUGUGCGGAUGGCUGGAGAAGUGGAAAAAGGCCAACUGGCAGCGUAGGGGAAAGCCAAUCUGGGCUGCAGAUGAGUGGAAGGACAUUGCCACUCGGGUAGAGAAGCUACCUGUAAAAGUCCGCCAUGUAGAUGCCCAUGUCCCCAAGAGUCGAGCUAAUGAGGAGCACCAAAACAACAAGCAGGUAGAUCAAGCUGCAAAGAUAGAGGUGUCAAAGAUAGACUUAGAUUGGCAACACAAGGGAGAGUUGUUCCUAGCUCGAUGGGCCCAUGAUGCCUCAGGCCAUCAGGGCAGAGAUGCCACCUGUAAGUGGGCACGAGACCGAGGGGUGGAUCUAACCAUGGACAGUAUUUCUCAGGUUAUCCAUGACUGUGAGACGUGUGCUGCCAUCAAGCAGGCCAAGCGGGUGAAGCCCCUGUGGUAUGGCGGGCGAUGGUCCAAGUACAAGUACAGGGAAGCCUGGCAGAUUGACUACAUCACCCUUCCCCAAACCCGCCAAGGCAAGCGCUAUGUGCUGACCAUGGUGGAAGCCACCACAGGAUGGCUGGAGACCUACCCUGUGCCCCACGCUACAGCCCAUAACACCAUUCUAGGCCUUGAAAAACAAGUUCUUUGGAGACAUGGUACCCCUGAGAGGAUUGAGUCAGACAAUGGGACUCAUUUCAAGAACAGCCUCAUCAAUGACUGGGCUAGAGAACAUGGCAUUGAGUGGGUGUACCAUAUCCCCUAUCAUGCACCAGCUUCAGGGAAAAUAGAAAGAUACAAUGGACUGCUAAAAACCACCCUGAAAGCACUGGGUGGGGGAUCAUUCAAAAACUGGGAGCAGCAUCUAGCAAAGGCCACCUGGUUAGUUAACACCCGAGGUUCUACCAACAGAGCAGGCCCUGCCCAAUCUGAGUCCCUACAUACAGCAGAUGGAGAGAAAGUCCCAGUAGUACAUGUAAGAGGUUUGUUAGGGAAGUCAGUUUGGAUCAAUUCUGCUUCAAGUACAGAGGAUCCCAUCCGUGGGAUUGUCUUUGCUCAGGGACCAGGCUGCACAUGGUGGGUGACGCAGAAAGAUGGAACAACACAAUGUGUACCGCAGAGAGAUCUGAUUGUCGGGUGAGAACUGUGUGUAAUUAUCGCUGUGUGCUGAAUGGUACUGCCACUGUAUGUAGCUGUAUAUUGCAUAUUGUUUUUAUAUAGAUGUAUGUGUGUGUAGAGCUGGAGUAUAUAUUAGUUUUAGUAAAUUGACGAUAUGGGGAUAAGGGGUGGAAUGUCCUAGGGUAACUUUAUGAUGCUUGUAUCCCCAAUCGUCUGUUCUGUUUGUGCUGUAUAUUGAGUCCUGUGCCUUUAAGACUGGUUCUAAGAGCAAGGAGAAGCGCGGAGUUUGUUUUGAGAAAACUGCCUGACUCCUCCACAUUCUUCUGCGGACGGGGUGUUCGGCUGAGGCUUGGAGAGACUGCAGGACGGAGAUCUUUUUUGCUUUUAGUUAGUUUCAGCUAGCUAGGGCAGAGAAGUUCCCUGGACUGUUUUUUUCCUUUUUCUUGGAACUGUUUAAACCUGCUCUGGACUGAAAACCCAGGGGAGCACUGGGGGCUGCACCUGCGGCCCACCAGGGCCUGGACCUCGGCAUUUUCCGGCAGCGCCGGAGAGACUGGGACUGAGGAGAGACUGAGAGAGAGAGCCGAGCUACACCCACGGCAAGAACUUUCUCAAUUUGCCAUCUCACUUCAGAAGGAGAGGUUUUAUUGUUUCAUAUUAUUCAUUCU